ACCUCCUCCUUGUAAAAUCUUUAAAUUGGAAGGAGCAGAGGAAGGAUCAGCACUGAAACAACACCACAAAAACAAGUGUGUGUUUAGUUUAGCCACAACUCUCUGUCAAGUCAGCAAAAGCAGAAAGAAGUCGAACAGAGGCGUCAAAAAGACAAAAAUAUCCCCAAUAAGCAGAAGUAAAACCAGAAUUUAUGAUGAACCUGUUAGUCAUCUUGUCUAUCCUUGCAGCGCUCAAUGUCAACAUGGCGUUAUCUCGACGCUGUUUUACAAAAAGAGAGGCAUCAGCAGAGUGUCGGUUUGGGAAAGGGACACGCUACAGGGGAACAGUCUCUGUAUCAUCAAAUGGUCACAGGUGUCUCAAAUGGAGCAAGACUCAACACUCUUGGAGUGAUUCAAAUGGAGUUGGCAACCAUAAUUACUGCAGGAAUCCCAACAACAGCAGGAGGCCAUGGUGCUAUGUUAAAACAAGAAGUCAGGUCAAGAGGGAGUACUGUGAUAUUCCCAAAUGUUCUACGGUAACUGCAAGACCAACAACAACACCUCCCAGAGCUGUAGAUACAGAGAGAACGUGUGGCGAGCGUUCUGAGCGGAGGACGAAUAAGAUCGUGGGAGGUUCUUUCGUACCCAUCGAGACACAACCAUGGAUCGCUGCUAUCUUUCAAAAUAGGUUCCUCUGCGGUGGUUCUCUCAUCGCGCCCGGCUGGGUUGUCACAGCUGCACACUGCUUCUUUGAUGGAAGCCAAACCCGUCUCCAGCGUCUGAGGGUAUAUCUGGGAAAGUCUGACACCAACAACACAGAUCCUGAUAGGGAGCAACUUUUCUCUGUGGAGAAACUCAUCAUCCACCAGAAAUACAACCCAUCCACCUAUGAUAAUGACAUCGCUCUACUGAAGAUCUCAAACACAAAAGGACAAGGUGCAUUGAAGACAGCUUCUGUUCGGACAGUUUGCCUUCCUCCGCUCAACACUUACCUACCUGUUGGAUUCACAUGCAGCAUUGCAGGAUUUGGGAAGGAAGCCUACAGUUCGUUGUCUUACUCCAAUCAGCUGAAACAGGCUAAUGUGAGGCUGCUCUCCUCCACCAACUGCAAAGUGGAAGAGCACUAUAAAGCUUUACUCACUGACAACAUGAUUUGCGCUGCGAGCCCUGAUUGGAGCAUCGACGCCUGCAAAGGAGACUCUGGGGGGCCGCUGGUGUGUGAAGCGUCUGGACGCAUGUUUCUCUUUGGGGUUGUGAGCUGGGGCGAAGGAUGUGCUAGUGAGAACAAGCCAGGUGUUUACACAAAGGUGACCCACUACAACAACUGGAUCGCAGACAAUACCGGGCUUUCUGAAUACACAAAAGGAUUGAUGUAUCCUCAAAAAUGAAACUCCAGCGCAUGUUAAGUAGUCAUCUGGUCAAUGAAUGUUUAUAAAAGGAAAAUCUGGCAUCCAUUUUAAGAUGGUACGUGUAUAUAAGCAUAUGCUGAUGCAGCAGGUUUGGCUGCACAACGACGGUGUCAGCCUAAAAGGAACAUUGACAGAAAGUUAAAAUUUACUUGAGCUUAGUCAAGAUCGCUUCUUGGUUGUUUUACUUGGCUGGGAGAGUAGGACAAUGUUUGCUGUAAGGUUUUCUGCAGUCAAACUGCAUUUUCAAAAUUAAUUUGUGUUAUGACAUUUUCACCCAUUGACACAUUAUAACUAUGAAGGCCUAAUAUAUAACCCAGUGGUUACAGGGUUAUAUACCACCACUGACUGAGCUAAAACCAGCUAAAGCUGAAUACAUU